UUUCCGCGCUAGGUGGGGCGGGGCUCCGCGAGAACCUCAUCCUGAAGGGAUAACUUCGGAAGCGGAGGCAGGCAAUAGAGAAGGGGCGUCCGACGGCGACGGAGGACGUGAUCCUUGCAGAUUAUCUUCUGGGGAAAAAAUGCCUAAAGUCAAAAGAAGCCGGAAAGCUCCCCCAGAUGGCUGGGAGUUGAUCGAGCCAACAUUGGAUGAAUUAGAUCAAAAGAUGAGAGAAGCUGAAACAGAACCUCACGAGGGAAAGAGGAAAGUGGAAUCUCUGUGGCCCAUCUUUAGGAUCCAUCACCAGAAAACCCGCUAUAUUUUUGACCUCUUCUACAAGCGGAAAGCCAUAAGCAGAGAACUGUAUGAAUACUGUAUUAAAGAAGGCUAUGCAGAUAAAAACCUGAUCGCAAAAUGGAAAAAGCAGGGAUAUGAGAACCUAUGCUGCCUGCGGUGCAUUCAGACACGGGACACCAAUUUUGGGACAAACUGCAUUUGCCGGGUCCCCAAAAGCAAGCUGGAAGUGGGUCGGAUCAUCGAGUGCACGCACUGCGGCUGCCGGGGCUGCUCUGGCUGAGGCCGUCGGGCCCGACCCCUCUCCGCCCUGGACUCUGGACUGCGCAGGUUUCUGCCUGUCACGCCACCCUUUCCUGGGAGCAGCUCUUCCUCAGAGCAGCUCCCCAGGCCCAAGUAGGAGCAUGGUCUCUACGUGUGAAGGCUUUGGUGUUCAUCAGCUGUGAUUUGUAGAAAUAAAACUCUUAAACCUUU